ACCGUUCCCCGUGUAGUCUGACCCGGGCCCGGCGUGUCCCGUCCACAGCAGGACUCUGUGUCGGUUUACUUUAAGUUUAAUUUGGACCAAAGUUGCCCCGAAGCUUCGGUCCCUGUUUAGCUCGGUGGAUUAGCCUCCCGGUUAGCUUAGCCCAGCUUCCCGCCGCUGCUCUCUGGACUCCAACAUGGAGGACAUGUACGUUAAACCCGGUGCAGGAGCCCCACCUGCAGCCCCUCCCUCCUCCAACCCUCUCGCACCACCUCCCUGUGCUGUAGCUCCGCCUCUACUCAACCCAGCUGGACCUCCACCUGGUGCUGUGGCCACGCCCCCUCCUCCUCAUCUGGGGCAAAUGAGGACUAAGAGAGAGGCUGCGAUCAGCCAAUCAGAGAGUGAGCCUGAAGUUGAGGGCGUGAUGUCGGUGCUGAACGGAGCGCUCGCUGCCUGCAGACGCGCUGUGAAAGCUCAGGUGUGUAAUGAAGUGGCAAAGCGCCUUCACCUGAUGGAGGACAGCUGGAGGUCGGGUAGACUGAGCCUGCCUGUCAGGAGGCGCAUGGACACCCUGUCUGCAGAGUUACAGAAGGGUCGCUGGGACGCGGCUGAUGACAUCCAUCGCUCUCUUAUGGUUGACCAUGUGACUGAGGUUAGCCAAUGGAUGGUUGGUGUCAAACGACUAAUUGCUGAAACCCGAAAUCUGAGUCCAGAACUGCUAGAACCACUUCAGAAAGUGAGAGGGCUGGUCGAGGACUCCGCAGAACCUGUCCGAGAACCGGUCAAGGAACCUGGAGAACUCCAGCAGUCUUUACAACUAGUCCAGAAGGAGGAACAACCAGACUCAGCAGAACCAGCCCAGGACCUCGUAGAACCAGUCCAGAACCCCGUAGAACCAGUCCAGGACCCCGUAGAACCAGUCCAGGACCCCGUAGAACCAGUCCAGGACCCCGUCUCUGAGUCCUAACUGUCCAGGACUCCUCUCUUGACAAACUCUGGCGCUUUCACCAGGAUUUGCUGCUUUAAUUCUCACCAUCAUGUACUUAAAACAGUCUGGACUUUGGCCACUCCCAGCGGCUAAGCCUGGUAAUCUUGGUAUCUUGGGAUUUUGAACUUAAUCUUCCUGGACUGUAUUGGGAACUUUGGACCGUAAACAAAGUCGCCCCUGAUUCUGCUGCUGAAGCUCCUCCCCCCACUGUAGCACCCUGCCAUGGUUUUGUUUCUCUGGCAUCUUUCUGGGCUGGCUAGUCCAGCCCAGUGAAACCUGGUUUCAGGAUGAGUGUUUGGUCCUGAUCAGGUGGAUCCUGUUUCUGUCUGAUGUGAGAAUAAAUCUGGUUUCUGUCCUC